ACCGCCGUGGCUCUCAUUCCUGGGUUUAGAAGUGAAGAGGCUCGAGGGCGCGAGAGGUCUCUGGAACGAUGCAGAUCUUUGUGAAAACCCUAACGGGGAAGACCAUAACUCUCGAGGUCGAGAGUAGUGAUACCAUCGACAACGUCAAGGCCAAGAUCCAAGACAAGGAAGGCAUUCCGCCGGACCAGCAGCGUCUGAUCUUCGCCGGGAAACAGCUUGAGGAUGGACGAACCCUCGCCGACUACAACAUCCAGAAAGAGUCGACGCUGCAUCUGGUGCUGAGGCUAAGGGGAGGGAUCAUAGAGCCCUCUCUCAUGGCUCUGGCCAGGAAGUACAACCAGGACAAAAUGAUCUGCCGAAAGUGCUAUGCAAGGUUGCAUCCAAGGGCUGUGAACUGCCGGAAGAAGAAGUGUGGCCACAGCAACCAGCUGAGGCCUAAGAAGAAGAUCAAGUAAAUGCUUGCGUGGAAGAAGUUUAUUUUGUCCUGGAAAAUCAGACCAUUUUACAGAUUAGCUUGGAAUCUAGGCUUCUCUUUUCCUAGUUAUAUCCAUGUUAGACUACCUCGAGCUUGUGUUUUGAACUAUUCGGUUGUUUAACUGAUAAAAAUAAAAAUUUGAAUUUCAAGUAGCCUUUUGCUUUAUUUUA